UACCAGACUCACUGCGCAUGCGCGGCUCAGGGAGCGCGCAGAGUGGCGAUUGCCAGUGUGCUCUGUCCCUCGGACACAGCAAAUCACAGAUCACGAAAAGAGCCGAAGAUGUCGGCUCGGUCAUGUUGUGUCCAAUCACAGCUGAUCACUGAUCAUCAGGGCACUGAUCAGUGUGCCCUGAUGAUCAGUGUGGCCCCAGAAGUGCCAGCUGUCAGUGCUCAUCAGUGCCACAUCAAUGCCACAUGUCAGUGCCUACCAGUGCACAUCAAUGCCACAUAUCAGUGCCCAUCUGAGCUGCCUUUCAAUGCCACCUAUCAGUGCCAAUCAGUGCCACCUAUCAAUGCUGCCAAUCAGUGCCACCUAUCAGUGCCAGUCAGUGUCCCUAUCAGUGCCAGUCAGUGCCGCCUAUCAGUGCCAGUCAGU